AUGAUAACGGACGCAGGAGCUGCAGUGACUUAUGGUUUGCUCGCGGCGGUGGGGGACCAGGGGGGUUUGUGCUGCGUGGUGGCUGUACACUCGAACCAAACCCUCAGAAGAUUCACAAACCCUCGCGACGCCACCGUGCGGGCGCUGAGGUUUUGUAGACCCCACAACUCCCUCAUUGUUGGCGGCGAUGAUACCGUUGUGCGGGAGUGGAGUUUAGAGACUGGCGAUGUAUCUGUGGAGCUGAAGGAACACGCAGACAGCGUGAGGUGUAUAGACACCUCAACGCUCUUCUCUCCCUUCAUUUUGUCUGGCUCUUACGAUGCCACGGCAAAACUAUGGGACACACGCACAAAGAAGUGCUGCCUCUCUCUAGCCCAAGGGGACCCCACAGAGUGCGUGCGGCUGAUCGAGGCAUCGACUACGCUGCAGGUGUUGACGGCUGCAGGCAACCAGGUUCGUCUAUGGGAUCUACGACAACCUGCAGCCCCCCUUUGGAACCUCAGCAGCUUCGCGAAGACUGUGUUCGCGGUGCAGCCGUUUCCUGCUGCUGCUGCUGCUGUUGCUGCUGCUGCUGCUGCAGCACCAGCAGCAGCAGCAGCAGCAGCAGCAACACCAGCAGCACUGGAAGGACCCAAACUGCUGCUGGCCACCGCCUCCUUAGACAACGUCGUCCGCAUCUUCUCAUUCGAGACACUGCAGCUGCUGCAGUCGUUCGGCGUGCGCAGCGACAUACUGUGUCUGGAUGCUGUUAGCGGCAGCAGCAGCAGCAGCAGCAAGAGCAGCAGCAGCAGCAGCAGCAGCAGGAAGAUGAGAAGCAUGAAGAGUCGAAUUGUUGUGGGGCUGUCUGAUGGGGGCUGGCAGGUUCGCCAGAUUGCUGGUGCUGCUGCAUCCAGCACGGAGUUGCUGCUGCUGCAGCAGCAGCAGCAACAGCAGCAGCAGCAGCAGCAACGCAAACGCUUGCUGCAGCUCAGGCCCACAGACGGAGGAUACUUUAAAAGAGGCAGAACUGCACCACCCGGAAGCGGCGACGAAGUUGUUUCGAGUUUGCAGAGCCGGCGUUUGUCUCGGUUGGAUGCGCUGCUGAAGAGUUUCCAGUAUACCGCGGCAAUGGAUGUGGCGCUGACAACAUCGGCGGAGCACGUGUUAGCAGUUGCAGACGAGCUGCUGCAGCGCGGUGGUUUGGAGGCUGCGCUGCGUCACUUAUCUUCUUCUUCUUUGUUUUUACUUUUGGAGGUUUUGGCCGACAAUAUAGCUUUCAGGGGGGAGGAGAGAACCCGGCUGUCUAUACACCUCAUCUAUACACUAAUAAACCACCGACAAAUUCAUAUCUGUACUGACACAGAAAACGCAGACACCUUCAAAACACUCAUCACCAAAAUAUGCCAGCGCGUGGCCUUUGAGUUGGAGCAAAUUCGACGGCUGGGGAGAACUGAAGCCAUUGUUAAUGCGCUACUCGCCCUCUAG